UCCCCGGGAUAAGAGACUCAAACUGGGCUGUCAUAUGACUUUACAGCAAUUUCUACAAGUUACGACUGUUGCGCUGGAGCCUGUGGUUUCCUCGGUGGAUGAAGGGAUUUAUUUACUCAAACUUCUCUCACGUCAUGUCCGUGGAAGCGUGCAUAUUUAAAGCUACAGCCCGAAGUGCACGAGGGUCCGUGGAGCUGAACUUCCCGGACUUUGACCCUGAACCAUGUCAAUAAGUGACAUGAUUAAAGUAUCUGUAUCACAUCAGCCCUGCGCUGCGCCCUGUCGCUCCACACAGCUCGAUCCAUGGAUUUCCAAAAGCUUUGCUCCUUUGAGACUUUUACACAGACCUGGGAUCACUAUGGUUAUAGUGCAAACUUUGAGGAGCUGGUAGAGCAGGAGUUCCCUCGGAUGAAAGGAAUAACCUAUCUGGAUCAUGCAGCAGCCACUCUAUACCCCGAGUCCCUCCUCAGAGACUACUUUCAGGACAUAUCAAGGAACGUGUACGGAAACCCUCACAGCCAUAACCCCAGCAGUAGACUGACACAUGACACCAUAGAGAGGGUCAGAUACAGGGUAUUGCAGCAUUUCAACGUGACCCCUGAGGAGUAUUCUGUGAUUUUCACGUCGGGUUGUACAGCAGCUCUGAAAUUAGUGGCUGAGAGCUUUCCCUGGAGACCACAGACUGAGGGUGAAGCGGGGAGUUGCUUCAGCUACCUCACUGACAGCCAUACUUCUGUGGUUGGCAUUAGAGGACUGACUUCAGGCUGGGGGGUUGUUACCGUGCCUGUCUCUCCACAGGAAGUAAAAAACGGGGCGAAGGCUGCAGCUCAAGGUGAAGAUGUUGUAUGCCAGACGCCACACCUCUUCUGUUACCCAGCACAGAGCAACUUCUCCGGACUGAAGUAUCCCCUGAGCCAUGUGAAAGGCAUUCAGGCGAGACACCUUUACCCAGCAUGUGACCACCCGGGCCGCUGGUUUGUGCUGCUGGAUGCAGCCUCUCAUGUCAGCUGUUCCCCUCUAAACUUACAGGACUGCCCCGCUGAUUUCAUCCCCAUCUCCUUCUACAAGAUGUUUGGCUUCCCUACAGGUCUGGGGGCACUGCUUGUCCACAAAGACGCGGGAGGCAUACUAAGAAAGACUUAUUUUGGUGGAGGUACAGCAGCAGCCUACCUUUCUGGAGGAGAUUAUUAUGUGCAGGCUUCAAACAUUUCUGACAGAUUUGAGGACGGGACUGUCUCUUUCUUGGACAUUAUUGCAGUAAAUCAUGGUUUUGAAGCUCUUCACAGGAUCACAGGGGGCAUGCACAACAUCCAGCAGCACACAUUUGGUCUUGCACGCUACACUUACACUCUGCUGUCAAGUCUUUGCCAUGGCAACAGGAGACCGGUGGCUCAGAUGUACACUGAAGGCCAGUUUGAGAGUCCUAGCACACAGGGUGCAAUCCUCAACUUCAACCUCAUGGAUUCUCACGGACAGAUAAUUGGAUACUCUCAGGUGGACAGGAUGGCGAGUCUCUACAACAUUCAUGUGAGGACAGGCUGCUUCUGCAACACUGGAGCCUGUCAGUCCUUCCUCGGGAUCACUGAUGGGCAGAUGAGGAGAAACCUGCAGGCCGGCCAUGUCUGCGGAGACGGUAUCGACCUGGUGGAUGGCCAACCAACCGGAUCUGUCCGUGUGUCCUUUGGCUACAUGUCAACAUUCGAAGACUGUCAAAAGUUUCUGAACUUUGUUGCGGAGUGUUUCGUAGAGAAACCGGUCACGGUGGAUCAAGAAAGACUCGAGAUGCUUCAAACAGUGACAGCAGCACCUCGGGGCUUAUAUGAAGAUCAUCCAAUUAAGAUGUCCAAUGGAGAAAAGUAUAAAACAGAUGGGAAGGAGACGCAUAUAGAAGCAUCACCCAGGGGAUUUGGAAACAACAACACAGCCCAUACUCUGACCAACAUCUACAUCUAUCCCAUCAAAUCAUGUGGAGCUUACGAGGUCCACGACUGGCCAGUAGGACCGCUGGGUUUACUGUAUGACAGAGGCUGGAUGGUGGUGAAUGGAAAUGGUGUGUGCCUGAGUCAGAAGAGAGAGCAGCGUUUAUGUCUCAUUCACCCUCAAGUCCACCUGCCCUCAGACAAAUUGCUCCUGCAAGCAUCAGGGAAGGAUACGAUGGCGGUUCCUCUGGAAAUAAACACUCAAAUGCACACAAGCGAUCAAGUGUGUCAGAGCAAAGUUUGUGGUGACAGGGUGGAGACUGUCGACUGUGGGGAUGAGGCAGCAUCGUGGCUCUCAGACUUCCUUGGACAGCCGUGCCGUCUGAUAAGACUAAGUGCUGAUUUUACCCGAGAAAUGAAGAACAGUCCCAGUGGAGCUGCCACCUCCUCAUCCCUCUCUCUGGUGAAUGAGGCUCAGUAUCUCAUGAUCAACCGUGCCAGUGUGGAGCUCAUUCAGAAGCUAAUGAGCAGCAGACAAGACGAUCCGCUCCUUGACACGCAGAAUGUCAUUAGCCGCUUCCGAGCCAAUUUAGUCAUAGCUGGAGUCGAACCAUUUGAGGAGGAUAAUUGGUCGCACUUGAUUAUUGGCAACACUCAAUUUGUGGUCACAGGUCAGUGUGGAAGAUGCCAGAUGGUUGGAGUGGACCAGGAAACUGGGGCUAGAACAAAAGAGCCACUGAUGUCUCUGUCAGCGUACCGCACCGGGAAGGUGACAUUUGGUGUGUACCUGACCCAGCAGCUACCUGAGGGCUCCACUACACCACAUGUCCUCUCUGUUGGUGCUCUCAUACAACCAGAGCAGGACUGCUCCUGAAGUGGCCAUCUGUUCCGUCUUCUUUAUGAGUGUUGGUGAAACAUUAUUUGUCCUAAGCUGUCGUUUUUGUGCCAGAGAUCGUCGGUCAAAUACUGUGGGGCGUUUCUAUUGCUGCUGCUCUUUUCUGUUUCUGUACAGCCCUCUGAAGUGUCCUUGUCAUUUCAUUGAAUUCAGGUUUUUAUCUUUUCGAGUCUGUUUUGAUUGAAAAUGAAUGAGAUUUGGGAUUUUCCCCCCUGUUGUUAGAUUCCUGGAACAUAUGCAUUUUAGCAGAUGUGACAAAUUCAGCAACACAUUCAUUUGAAUGUGUUAUAUUUGCUCCAAAGCAUGUCUGUCUUUAUGCAAUAAUCAUGCCCGUGUUAACCUUCCAGACAGUUCAUCCUCGGUUUAUUGCCGUGGAGGAUUAUAUUACUUUUUUCCCGACAUACCAACACUGUCGCUGCUACCACAAAUCUGAAACAUAUUGCUCACUGUAAUGGAAAAAUCUACCAGACACUCAGUGCUCAAUAUACGCUCCCAGCAUGUUGCAGACAUCAGAUUUGAUACCAGGAAAGUAAUAAUUUGAUGUUUCCCCUGUAAGUGUAAGGUUAAAUCAGAGUGACAUGAUCGUACUCAAAGCACAUUGUGCAUGACUGAUCUGUAAAGGUCUUGCAGUAAAAGCCUCAGGGUAAAAAAAGGCUCCUUAAUUGCAUUAAAAUGUGUUUAAUAUUUAUGUUUAAUAUGUGUUUACUAUGUUUGCACUGACAAUGUUUUUACUUGAAGAGCAUAAAAUAUACAUUUUAAUCUAUUUCAACCUACCCUUCAAUAGUAUACAUUGAAUACUUGUCUAAUUAAUAUAUUCUUCAUAUGCUUUUAAGGAAUAUGCUGAAGUGUUUGCAUAUAAUUACCUUCCUGGUGUUUUUUGCACUCUACUUGAAGUACUAUUUAGUGUAAUGGAAGUACACUACCAGUCAAAAGUUUGGAAACACCUUCUCAUUCAAGGGUUUGUAUUUAUUGUAAUGAUUGUAAACACUGUAGAUUAAUA